CGUCCUUUGCUUCUCGUGUCAUCGAUCAUGAACAUCCAUCGACUUCUCGAUAACUCUGAAGAGGUCUAUUCUCAUGCUGCCUUUAAUAAAAAAUCUGAUCAAGAAUACAAUAAUCAAGAGAUUCAAAACGAAAAUAAAAGCGUUGGACCCAGCUUUAUUUUUGGUGGCAAUCUACCAACUUACAAUUGUUUUACAAGUUGUGAUAACCAAAAUUCUUCUGCCCAUACAUUAUCGUCGUUGCCUUCACUUAUUCGUUCCUAUGAAUUCUCUCCCCAACCACCACCAAUUACGGGUAAAGAAAAUAUUUAUUAUGAACCACGCGAAAAACUGUUACUGGAUGGCGCGGAGCUUUGGUCUCAAUUCUAUAGUGUUGAAAACGAAAUGAUCAUCACAAAAUCUGGCAGAUGCAUGUUUCCACUAUUAAAAUUUAAACCUAUGAACCUUGAUCCAUCGGCUACAUAUUCUUUUAUCGUUGAUUUUAUUCAAGUAUCUCCUACUCGUUUUCGGUUUAAAAAAGGAAGUUGGGUUUCUAUCGGUGUAGAUAAACGUAAAUUUUCCCUAAACAAUUUAAAUAGUCGAAACGGGAGAAUUAAAACUGGCAUGGUUGGAGGUCGUCCAUUUAAGCAUCCUGACUCCCCUCAAUCUGGUGCUUAUUGGAUGAAUUGUGGUAUCAAUUUCCCAAAAAUUAAACUCACAAAUCGACCUUGUCACAACCAAUUAAAAUCAAAAAAACGUGGCCGUCCGCGGAAUUCCGGUUCAAAUAAUUUGUCUUCCUUACCUGAUGGUCAUUUUUGUUUGACCUCUUUUCAUAAGUAUCAACCUCGUGUGAAAAUGGUUAAACAUGCGACCAAUAUUAAUGAUAAUGACCAAGAAAUAGUCACCGCGUUCGAAGAGACUACUUUUAUUGCUGUUACUCAUUAUCAAAAUGAUGCUGUUAAUUCUUUAAAGAAAAAUUAUAAUCCUCACGCUAAAGGAUUUAAAGAUAUGGACUCCAUAGACAUGAACUGUGAUCAAUUGUACUAUUCUAAUGAAGUUGAAAUUUCGGGUAAUGAGUCCCAAAAUGAAUUUGAUGAUUCUGACUUUGAAGAUUCCGACUUUGAAUGUACCGACGAUAAUCUCCGAACCAAAAUUGGAUUAAAUAGUGAUUCCUAUUUUAAUUCGACUUCAUCAACUUGUGUUACAACUUCAUUAAAUCUUUCAACAUCUGAAAAAUCUACUACAUCAACAAAUAAUAUUAAACCAAAUUCUACGGACCGUAAUUCAGAUGAAGGAAUUCGAACUCGUCAAUUGAGUAUUUAUCACAGUGACUAUCGUGCUAAAAUUGUAAAGCCAACGACAUAUACCUUGAAAGAGCAAAAACAAGAUAAUGAAACCCGUAAUUGGUUAGAUUUAAACACCAAUCCAAAAAAACCAUCUUCUAAACAACGUCCAAAACCUGACAAACCUAUUUUAAUCCCCUCUUUCAAAUUGUUGGAUCCACUUAAUCAAAAUCUUACUCCCAUCUCUCCAUACAAGACUGACCAACAAUCUACUGCAACUGGAUUUCCCUGGAUUACUAAACGUGCUGGUAAUGAAUAUAGUAGAGACAUUAAUAUGACACAAAAACAAUUUAUGUUAAAUGCUUUUCAGUCAAAAGAUGAUUUAAAAGACGAUUCAAAAGAUAGUUCAAAAGAUGAUUCUAAAUACGAUUCAAAAUAUGAUUCAAAAUAUGAUUCUAAAUACGAUUCAAAAUAUGAAUUACCACAACAAUUUAAGCAUCAAAAUAUGCCUCGAUUGGCCUUUCCAAUCACCCCGCCAACGCCAAUUUCUCCUAAUAGUCCAUUUAAUCCGUAUUUAUCUCGUCUUGAACGUGCUGAAAAUGAAAACAUGAAAUUGAGAGAAUUCAUCCGUGAAAGAUACGGUAUUGAAGCAGAAAAAGAAGCCGACGCUGUGGUCGUACUUGGAAGGAAUUCCUAA